AUGCUACUUACCUCUGCUACGUUUUGGAAGAUCUUAAAUCCUAACAGUAGAGUGGGCAGAGCAGAGAGAGCACAGAGGAGGAGAAUGGAGGAAACUUACCAUUAUGUCUAUGGGAAAGGAAGCUUGAAAUUUGAAGAGAUGGGGUUGGACCAGAGAAGAGAUCCUUGCAAUUUGGAGGGAAUCACGAUGAUGACUAUGUCAGUGGAGCUUGCUAUCCAAAGAGAGUUAGCAUAUAGGGCAAAACUUGCCAAGAUGCUCCAACCACAUGAUGCCACCGUUUUGCAAGACCUCAUACCAUUGGAGGUAAGGUUAGUUAUUAAAAUUGUUGAAAUUCACCCUGAUCUUAGGAAUACACAACCUCUUUUCAUGUCAACGAAUCAGGAAAAUUUGCAGUUGCUAGAUGCAAGAAGCAUGAAAUCUGGGUUUUCGCAAGUAUCAAAACGUCGAGGCUUUCCACCAAAUAUAGAUAUAUUUAAGGUGGGUUUCUGUGGAAAUGUUUUUAUUGUUUCUAUCAUGCGAUGUAGAUUAAAGAAAGCUGUGCUAUUGGUAUCUGAAGUUGAGUUGGCUGAUUGUAAACUUCAAGGGAAAAAACCUGCUAGCUAUGUUAAUAGCAUUCACUUUGAAGACAGAUAUGUUGUAGCUGCCAGCAGCCUUCUCAUAAUGUGCUUGCUUUUGGAUGUUUUGAGAGACAAAUAUUUGUUAAGAGGGCAAACUUCAACUGGAAGUUCCAACUCAAGUCCUACGCUUUCAGAAAUAACAUGGCAAGCCCCAACCAAUGACCUCAAAUUUAAUUUACCACCUCCACAGCUGCAUGAAAUUGAGAAUCAGACAGAGUCUUCUUCCUUCAAGGUGCAAACUACUAGCCCAAGUCCUAGUCCAAGGCCAUAUUCAAGUCCAAGUCCUGUGAUUUCAGGAACGGGAAGGCUACCGUCAGCUAACAGCAUCAAAUUCUCACCACCUUUGCAGCUGCAUGAAAAUGACAAUCAGAUAGAUUACACUUUUUGCAAGGUUCAAUCUUCAAGUUCAAAUCCCAAUCAAAUGGAAACUUCAAGUUGGAGUCCUUUGCUUUCUGGACUAAAGCGACCAAACUCAACAAGCAGCCUCAAAUUCCAAUCACCUCCACAACAUCAUGAACCUGGGAAUCAGAUAGAUUGCAGUUUUUGCAAAAUUUGCCAAGUGCCUUGCACGAGUUUCUUUAACUACAAGCAGCACAUAAGGGGUAGAAAACACCAAGGAAAACAGCAGGAGUUGAAAUUGAAGGAACAGUUAGAAGAUAAAAAAAGCAUGGAUGAACAAGCCGAGUCAAAAUUUGCCAAGAAAGUUGGGAUCGACAGUGAGAUGGCAAAGCCGAAAUAUUGGUGCAAACUGUGUAAUAUUUGGUGCAUUGAUAAUGAUGCACUUACUCGGCACAACGAAGGCAAAAAGCAUAUACUUAAACUCCAUGAAAUUGAGAAGAAGAGGGCUACACUUGCUGGUUUAGCAACGAAUCGAACGUGA